AUGGUAGCUGCCCCCUCGAAUUUGUCGUCAAAGACAACUGUGAGAAAAACACGAGGACCUACGCAGUGCUUGAAGAUUCAUGUAAGACAGUUGGAAGAUAAAGAAGAAAUUACUCUAGAUAUUGAAGGAGAGGCAAUUGGUCCUACUGAUGAAGAUGCUAAAUUCAAUAUUCCAAUUCAAGGAAAAAAGAUGGUGCUUGCUCGUGUCAAUGACAAUUGGAGACGGUAUAAGACCACAAUCAAGCAAACUCACUUUUUGCCAUACAAAUGUAUUAAUGAGAUGCUGAAAAAUCGUCCUAAAAGCAUACCUGAGAGUCAUUUUCGAAAGUUGAUUGCUUAUUGGAGAACUGAGAAAGUUAAGGCUGCUUCUAAGGAAAAUAAUGAAUCACCUACUCAAGCAGAAAUGUUUGUUGAGACUCGCCAAAACAUAAAGGGCAAAUCAUUGGAUGAAGACACUUUGGAUGUUAUUGCACAUCUACAAGCUGAGAAUAAAAAGUCUAAAGAAUCGGCAAUUAGAGCUUUCCAAUCCAUAUUUGGGAAAGAGAAGGCAGGGCGAGUGCGAUACCACGGAAGAGUUACCACACCAACUUUGUUGAAGAAAAAUGAAGAAAUUGCCACCCUUAAGCAGCAACAUGCAGCUGAAAAAGCAACAUUAGAGGGUAAGGUUGAUGUGAUGCAAAAAGAAGUAGAUGAACUAAAGUCUCUUGUUAGGAUAAUGCUGCAACAAAAAAGCUCAGGAGUGGACCUUGAGAUUUUAGCUGCUCAACUAGGAAGCACUCCAGGCAGUCCGAACAAUGAUGCUAAUGAGAAGGAAAAUCAUGUUGAAGGGGAAAUCGAACUUAAUUAA